CACUGAUUGGUGGUUCCGGAGGAAUUCAAUAAAAUAACACCAUGCCCCAGUUGCGCAUCCAAGUAUUGUUCCAACACGCGAAGCGCCAUGAUCAAACCAGUCGCUCUAGUCGCCUUCUUCGCGACCUUGACCCUUAGCCGAGUUCACGGUGGUCCAAUGAUUGCGCUAGAGGGUGAUACCGGAUGGAUGGAAAUGUCCACAUUCUGGAUAAAGUUACCAAAUUUGGACUAUCGGAAGAAAGUGUUUAUAAGUGAGGCAAGCAUCGGAGGAUCGAAAAUUGCCGGUGGUUCGAUAGCGAAGAAGCAACAGUUUCCGUACCAAGCAGCUAUAUUAGUCAACUUUCCGGACGAUUCUGGAAUCCUUUGUGGUGGAGCGAUUAUUUCCUCGACUUACGUUCUGACGGCUGCCCAUUGUUUGGAUGGAGCAGAGGAUGCAACAGUGGUUGUAGGAACGAAUGUUAUCAGCAUUCCCAGUGACGACCAGGCCGAAGAAAUUAAGGUGACCUCUCAUGACAUGUUGGUGCAUCCAAAGUACGAUCCGGUGGAAGUUCUCAACGACAUCGCCAUAGUAAGGUUGACCAAGGCGCUCGUGUUCUCCGAUAAGAUUCAUUCGAUUCGGCUUCCCAGUCAAAAAGAAGCUCGAUUAGAUUUGGUGAACACCGAUGCUACCGUUUCCGGAUGGGGAGCGUUGAGUGGAGAUGAGUAUGUCGAAAUCAGUGACAGCAUUAGGCUUGAACUACGGUACACGAACAAUCCUGUAAUUUCUAAUGAAGAUUGUAAGAUCGUAUUCCAAGAUAUGAUUCGGGAUUUCCAUGUUUGCGUUUCUGGCUAUAAGGGUCGCAAUGCUUGCCAAGGGGAUUCUGGUGGUCCUUUGGCUGCUAACCUGAAUGGAAUCAAUACUCUGAUUGGAAUUGUUUCAUAUGGAUCCAUAGAUGGCUGCGAGAAGGGAUCGCCCGCAGUUUAUACACGAGUUAGCUCUUAUCUCGAUUGGAUAACACAAAACACCAAUGUUUCGUUGAAAAAAUAAUUAGUUCUUUCCAUCUAAACCGGGUUGCAUGGUGUCAUAAUCGGUAGCGAUCCAAAAACCACAAUGCGUCAUCUACUAUUGCCUUUAUCUUUUUUACUGGCUUUGAGUAGCCUCUCGGCUGCUUACAGCGUUCCAAGUGCGAGAACAAUCAAGCUGCCGAUUAACAAAGAACUGCCCGAUUUCGAAUCAUUUAUUCGAGAAUCCAAUCUACAACGGAUCACGGGAGGCGAACUGGUCCAACCCACUGAUAUUCCAUAUGCAGCCGGUAUUCUUGUGCAAGGAACAAUUGGAACGCGAUGGUGUGGAGGAGCAUUGAUUUCGCCGAACUUCGUGUUGUCAACAGCCAGCUGUCUAAUCCUCGAGCCAAUUCCCAUAACAGCACUCUUGGGAGCAUCGAAUAUGAGCACCAUAAGCGACCCUGUCCCAGUUUUAUCAAUUCAGGUUCACAUUGAGUAUGACCCGGAAGCAUGGCAAAACGAUAUUGCUCUUCUGCAACUGUCACGAGCCGCUAAUGUCGGCGUAACCAUCCAACCAGCACGCUUACCUAACUGGCGUCAGUUACAGUCACCAUUCACCAAUCAACUGGCAACCGCAUCCGGUUGGGGUGCCCUUUGGCACAAUGCCCCAGAAGUCCUCCCUUUGAACGAUCUCCGCCGGGUGAGAUUGCCAGUCAUCUCCAAUAUCAACUGCGCUAUUCGAUUUCCGGGAUGGAUUACCGAGAACCAGAUCUGUGUGGCAACCGAUAAUGGUUCGCCGUGUCACGGUGACCAAGGCGGUCCUCUAACGGUGGCUGAUCCCGACGGAAGAACCACACUGAUCGGUCUCUUCGCCUACACUUCGUUUCUGGGGUGUAACUCGGGAUGGCCGGCUGUUUUCACCCGAAUUACUCCGUACCUGCUCUGGAUUUCGACGAACUCGGACGUUACCAUUCUAGAUGACUUUGAAUACUGAGGUGAUGUAAUUUUGUCAAUAAAUUGAGAAGAUUAUAAAAUUAUGAAA